CCACAGGUAAGCAGCACAAUGAAAACUCCGUUUAUUCGCUGGGGGUGACAUUCCUGAACUAAAGUCAACAUCCCAAGUUACAGAACCAAACAUACUCUGCCUCUGCUUAGCAACCGCAAAUCCUUCCUUAAGCAGCUGCAUGUAUUUUGGAUGUGGCUUCUGAAGUACAUUCUUUUAUUUAAUUCCAGCCCCGCUAGGUUAGGAAAAGAGCCAUUUUUCCAAAGGAACAAUGCAUCCACAAUCCCUCUCCCUUCCCUUCCCUUCCCCCCAUAAACGGAAAUAAACUCGGGGAUCAACGACUACCACCCGCCAAAGCGGGCUGGCUGGUGAGGUCAAGUCGCUCCCUUUUUUUGGGGGGGGGAGUUGGCAUUGUGAUGGUUGGUGGAGAGUUGGGAAGGGAAAAGGACAGGGGCCUGAAGCCAGCGGUGCCCUAGUGCCAAAGGCAGCUCCCACCUGGGCAGGUGGGCCAGGAAGCAGGCCCCGGAGCUGCCUUUGCGGGCUCUAGUGCCCUUGCCUCCCGGUCAGUCCGAGAUGCCGGCCCCUUUCCCAGGACGCCCUCUAGCAAAGCCAGUCCCCAGUACACCAUGCGCUGCUGCUCCCUCUCCUGCCCGCCCUCCGCCCACUGGCGGCUCUGUGCGCGCACACACACGCGCACAGCCCAACACACGCAUACAUACACACACGCCCCCCGUGUGUACAGUACACACGCCGCCCGCCACGGCUCGGGAGCCCGGGGCCAGCUGAUGAGCAGGCGGCGUUAGGUUGGGGUUGGGCGGGGGCGGGGGUAGCAGCGGCCGUAGUAGCAGCAGCAGGACCAGAAGCAGCAGCAGCUGCGGCGGCAGGAGGAGGACCGGCGGCCCGGGGGCGGCGCGGCGAGGCACUCACUGCACGGCGCUGCGCGGCCCAGCCCUGCCCUCUUGGUCACCGCCCACGUUUGGCCCACAUCCCGGGCCAGCCACCCCGAGGGCCGGCCGCUGAUGGAGAGCUGGUCGUGCUGACCCCUGGUCCCACAGAAGAUGCCUUAGCGCUAGAAAGUUGGUCUGUCCUGUGAUGGAUCCCAGCGCCUGACUGCAUUGCCAUGGCGAUGAUCCUGACUCGGCCUCUCGAAAACAAAGGUGCUGCUGACUCCAUCACGUGCAAACCUUUACACCCUGAGCUGCACACUCCAGAGAAGAUGAGUCAAGGACCCACACUUUUCUCCUGCGGAAUGAUGGAAAAUGGCGGGUGGAGAGAUCUGGACAGGAAGUGCCCUCUUCAGCUGGAACAGGCCAGCAGCAUCUGGGACUGCCUGCCCGAGAAGUCCAGAGACACGGCCGCCGCCUGCUCCGUGACCAGCCUGAUCAGAGACCUCAGCCUCAGCGACCACCACGGCAACCCGGCGGCCCCGCCCAGCAAGCGGCAGUGUCGCUCCCUGUCUUUCUCGGAUGAGAUGUCCAGCUGCCGGACGGCCUGGCGGCCCUUGGGGUCCAAGGUCUGGACUCCUGUUGAGAAGAGGCGGUGUUACAGUGGCGGGAGCGUGCAGCGCUACUCCAGCGGCCCCUGCGCCAUGCAGAGGAGCUCCAGCUUCAGCCUUCCCUCCCGCGCCGACACGCUCUCCUCCUCCUCCUCCUCUUUCUCUGAUCGGGCCGGCGUUCACGGCAGAUUCGGGGGCCAGCCCUGCCCCGGGAUCCUGGGCUCGGCCGCCUACGCACAGGCCGGAGACCUCUGGUGCAGCGAUUCGGGGCCUGCCGGCGGCCGCAGCGUGAACAUCCAGCGAUCCCUCUCGUGUUCUCGUGAGCGGUUCUCCUUUUCGGAAUACUGCCCCCCCUCCGCCAGUAGCACGCCUGCCUCCACCCCCGAGCUGGCCAGACGCUCCUGCGGCCUUUCCCGGAGCCGAUCCCAGCCGUGUGUCCUUAAUGAGAAGAAAGUGGGAGUCAAGCGACGGCGGCCUGAAGACCCUCAGGAGCUAAGGCCCUCCCUCGACCUUGCCAAGAUGACGCAGAAUUGUCAGACCUUCAACAGCCUCAGCUGCCUUAGCACCACGGUGGAUGACUGCGGUCAGCAGAGCCCCUUUGCCACUACCACGAAUAACUCCAAGUCCUGGACAGCCUUGCUCUCUGCCUGCACCAGCACAGAAGGCAGGGAGCCUGCGGGGACCCCUGGCCCAGACCCUCCUCCCGCCACCGAAGAAUGUACGCUUAGCAAAGAGGAUCUGGCCUUCGACGAGUCGGACUGUGGCAUCCCCAGCGAGGAGAGCGGUCGGCGGCAAGAGGACCGGGCCUCGGCCUGGCAGAGCCCCGGGACGGACGGGGCCAGCAUCUUCCCUUUGGAUGGCGAAUUGGACAUCGAGCAGAUAGAAAACAACUAGGGGAGGGCAGAAGACAUGACUAGACUGCCAUCUGCAUCAGGUUUGGGAAUGAGCCCAGCAGGGAGCUUGGGGGGGGGGGUGGCACGUUGGGCCUGGGCCACGGCCUCCCUUUGUGUCCCAGAGGAGCCAACCUCCCUCCUGGAAUGCCUCCCCAGGCCUCCGGGAAUUGCUCGCUCACGGGUCCCGGCUGCAUCCGCCCGGCGCUUCUCUGGGGCCUCUCCGUGGCGGGCAGAGAGAAUCCCACGCAGAGGAGUAGAGCAGGUAGCCUUGCCGAAACGUUUUCAGGUGUGCCCGGCCUCUCCGACCCUGGAGCUCUGUCCCGCUACCGUAGCCAGAGAGCGGCUUGUUCACUUUCUCGUGGGACUUAAAGAGCAGGUGCGACCAUCCCCUCUGCCCAGGGGCCCCUGGGCCUCUCCCAGUCAGGUUCUGGGCGCCUCCCGGUUCAGGGUGAAUGCAGGAAUCUGAAAGGGGAGGAAGCUUGAGUCGGGCGUUGGGGUGUUGGGUGGGGGGCCAGGUGCCUGCUCUUCUCCCAGGGGGUGUCUGCACUGCACACGGUUCCUAGCUCUUGCUUUGGGAUGGGCCUUUUGGCCAGUGCCCGCAGAAGCUCUGGACCCUCAUUACAGAUCAGUGGCAGGAACUGCAGGGGUCCCUGGGGCUCCAUGCUGGGCAGCAGAGCCAGGCUUCCCGUGAGAGUCUCAUCACUGUCAGGUCCAGCCAGGGAUUGGAGGGGAGCUCCCAGGAAAGGCCCAUGCCAGCAGGAGAUGCCAUGGUGCCAAACCCGGGGUGGUGGCCACAGCCUUAGCCGGUUGUCAUUGGCUGCUUUGGGGGCGGGGUCAGAGAGUUGGACCCCAGAGCAAACACUAGACCCAUCUCCCCUGGGAGGAGCCCACACCAGCCAGCUUAGGACCCCUCAGGGCCCAAGGAACAUGGGACCGACUCAGACAGCUGUGCAUCCAUGGUGAGCGGCCUGCAGUGAUUGGGCCAGGGCAGGAAAUUCAAGCACUUGGGGAGAUUGGAAAAUUCACGGCUGCUCCCAGACUCAAUCGAGGCGCGCAGCUCAUCUAAAUCAAGGCUUCCCUUAACCAUAAAACUGUGGGUAGGGCUCCAUCUUGUGAAUUUGCCAACCGCCCUUCCCUUCUGAGCGCAGGAGCAAGGACUGGGCCAGUGGGUGGGAGGCAGCCUUCCCAUUUCUGACCCUGCCCACAUCCAGGGGCCUGCCUGCUGCCCCUGCCCCUGGGGGCUUCCCCUACUUAGCUCUGGUCCCCGAGGCCUUCUAGCAGACACACCACAGGAAAAGCCCUGCUCUCUUUCUCUCCCACCCUUUGUCUCUGUCUCUCUUCCUUCCUACCCCCCUCCCUCCCUGUCUCUCUGUCUCUCCUCUCUGUCUCUGUCUCUCACCUGACUUAUAUUACCUAUAGUAAUGAGAACUCGUGUGCCUAAUACUUUGUGGCUUCAAAGGGCUUUAUCUGGACCUCACAGCACCACUAUCAGGUAGGCAGAAGAGAAGUGGGAGUGUUAUUCCUAUUUUAUAAAUGAGCAAACUGAGAUUCCCAGAGGUUCUGGCCUGGGAGCAAUGAAACCCCUGCCCCAAGUGCCCAAGUCAUGUGACCAAGGCUACACAGUUAGUAAGUGAUGGGGACAGGACUCAGCCCCCCAGUCUUUCAAAAUCUCACAUCCCUCCUGGUCCUCCUCUUCCCCCUCCUCGCUGCUGCUCCUCCUCCUGUUUCUCUUCCCCUCUUCAUCCUCCCUGCUU